AUGGGAGCGAGAUACAAAAUCAUCGACACGCUCGGUGAGGGCACAUUCGGCAAGGUGGUGGAAGUGAAGGACUUGGAAAUGGAGCACAGAAUGGCAUUGAAGAUUAUUAAGAAUGUCGAGAAGUACAGAGAGGCUGCGAAACUAGAGAUUAACGUAUUGGAGAAAUUGGCGGAUAUCGAUCCCGAUUGUAAGAAUUUGUGUGUGAAAAUGUUGGACUGGUUCGAGUACCACGGGCACAUGUGCAUCGCGUUUGAAAUGCUCGGACAGAGCGUUUUCGACUUCCUGAAAGACAACAACUACCAGCCGUACCCGCUCGAGCACGUCCGACACAUCGCAUACCAGCUGAUAUACAGCGUGCUCUUCUUGCACGACAACAAGCUCACGCACACUGACCUCAAACCGGAGAACAUACUCUUCGUCGAUAGCGAUUAUGAACUCGUCUCUGUAUAUAGUAGCUCUAAGAAGAAACACGAGUUGCGUCGAGUGAAACGUAGUGACGUUCGUUUGAUCGACUUCGGAAGCGCCACAUUUGACCACGAGCACCAUAGCACCAUUGUCUCAACACGACACUAUAGAGCGCCAGAAGUUAUAUUAGAGUUAGGAUGGUCGCAGCCGUGCGAUGUGUGGUCAAUCGGGUGCAUAAUGUUCGAGCUCCACCUCGGCAUUACGCUCUUCCAAACACAUGACAAUCGGGAACACCUCGCUAUGAUGGAGAGGAUCCUCGGACCAAUCCCCUACAGAAUGGCGAGGAAAACACGAACAAAAUAUUUCUAUCACGGUAAACUAGAUUGGGACGAAAAGUCGUCGGCCGGCAGAUACGUUAGGGAUAAUUGUAAACCAUUAUUGAGAUAUAUGCAGAACAACAGUGAAGAACAGAGACAACUCUUCGAACUGAUCGCGCGUAUGCUUGACUACGAGCCUUCGCAACGUAUCACGUUACGUGAGGCGCUCAAACACCCCUUCUUCAGCAAACUACCGCCACACCAGAGGCUAGGCAAUGACCGCGCGCGGUGCAAUGGCGAAAGUUCGGGUUCUCGUGAGCGGUCGCACUCGCUGAGCAGGUGA